CACACACCUGCUCUAUCCUCACUACAACUUCCUCUGUUCUGUCUCAUUCCCUACAAUCUACUUCUGACCUUUACAAUGGCAGUAUCUGGCUUCGAGGGCUUCGAGAAAAGACUCGAACUUCGAUUCUUCCACGCAACAACCAAUAAAAACCCAAUGGGCCUCCGUCUCAUCGACUUCGAAUCACUAAACCAAGUCUUAACCCAAGUACAGUGCACGGUAGUCUCCGCCGUAGCGAACCACACCUUCGACGCUUACGUCCUCUCCGAGUCAAGCCUCUUCGUCUACCCAACCAAACUCAUAAUCAAAACAUGCGGCACAACACAACUCCUCAAAUCAAUCCAACCAUUCAUCAACCUCGCGCGUGACCUCAACCUCACGUUACGCGCGUGUCGCUACUCCCGCGGCAGCUUCAUAUUCCCAAACGCACAGCCUUUCCCUUACACAGCCUUCCAAGACGAAGUCGUCACCGUCGAAGCAAGCCUCCCGAAAUCUCUCCGUCACCGUAAAGCCUCCGUCAUGACGCCGUCUAAUAAUAUUAACACUCCGCGUGCCUGGCACGUGUUCACCGCUAGCGCUGACGUGGAGCCAGACGAGAGUAAUAAUAAUGUCCUCGUCGUUGAGGUUUGCAUGACGGAGCUUGACCGAGUCAACGCCCUGACCUUCUUUAAACGCAAAGGCGACGAUAAGAAAAACAGCGAUUCCGCGGGGAGAGAGAUGACGCGGAUGAGCGGUAUCGAUACGAUUAACGAAAACGCGUUUAUAUGCGAUUUCGCGUUUGAUCCUUGCGGUUACUCGAUGAACGGAGUCGACGGGGAGCGUUACUCGACGAUCCACGUCACGCCGGAAGACGGUUUUAGCUACGCGAGCUUCGAGUGCGGGUUGUCUUUAUACGAUGACGGUCGUGGAGAUGUCGCGGAGGUGUUGUGUCGUGCUAUUGAUGUUUUCCGGCCGGAUUGUGUCUCUAUCGCCACCACUUACGGCGGAGAGGAUUAUGAUAGUGAGGUGACGAAGCGUGUGGAGCGUGUCUUGGCGAAGAAGCUUGGUUUGAAGUGUCGGAGCAGGCUUAUGGAUGAGUUUCCGGGGUCGGGAAGAGUUGUUUUUCAGUCAUUCACGCCUCGCCGGAGAUAG